AUGUCUUGUCAUUGUUUUUCAGAUCCAGUUGGAAGUAGAAAAGGGAAAAACACCUGGUCAUUACUGAGACUUUUCGAUCGUUCCAGUCGCGCCAAGUCCGAGUCGCUCUCGGGCCUGGAGGAGGUGCUCAGCUGCCUCCAGCCGAGCGAGUUCGAGGACGAGCAGCUGUCGAGGUUCAAGGGCAUGUGCUGGAACGACUUCGUGUCGUACAUGGAGGGCGGGCAGCAGGGCGACGACGAGUCCUCCAUCUCGACCGAGUCCCAGGACACGCCCCUCCUCCGCGACACGCCCUCGCACUCCUCCUUCGCGGCCCACAACAACCGCUCCCCCUUCAUCACUCCCUCCAAGGGCGACUCCCGCGCCGAAGCCGCCGCCGAGAAGCUGGACCGGCUGUCGGCCCUCUCGUGCCUUGACCCCGAGACGCCCCUGCCGCGCAAGCGCCACCCGAUGACCAUCAUGCGCACCAUGAGCGAGAGGUCGCUGGACCGCGGCCGCACCAGCCAGCUCCUGAGCCUCCUGAGCGAGCGUGCCCAGGCCCGGGCGGCGACCAAGCUGGCGACCUCCUGCAGCAAGCCCGCGCCGCCGCCGCCGCCCCCGCCCGCGCCCCUGCCCAGCGUGGAGCGGACGCUGGAGGCGGCGCGAGACAGCGCCCGCGUCUCGCUCAACAAGAACGAGACGAAGCGACGGGAGGCCGUGUGGGACCUUUUCCAGUCCGAGUGCGCCUUCCUCUACGACCACCUCAUGGUCCUCAAGAACGUGAGUGCCGCCGCUUGUUCCUUCCCGGGCCCUGCGAGAAGUGCCAGGGCCGUGUCAAGCCCACAGACACGGCAGCGUUCGCGCACACGAACACAUCGUCGACAUGUAACCACUCAAGAGAUUUCAGUGGACGGAUAUGCCAUGUUCGCUGAUCCUGAACUCCUGUUUGGCAACUUGGACGAGCUGUGCUGUGUCACCUACGCAUUUUGCAAGGAAUUCAUCAAUCUUCUCGAGCAACACCAGGAGCCAGGAGGUCGGCUGGACACGACAAAUGUCCUCGUGAAGCUCUUUCAAAAGGGAAGCAAAGCAACUAUGCUCUGCCAGGCGUACCAUCGCUAUGCCCUCAACUACAUCAAUGCCCUCAACUACCUAGAAACGCUACGACGUCAGCUGGAGUUCUGCGAGUUUGAGAAGGUCUUCUCUCCAGCACCUCCUGAGUCUACAGAGAGGGCUAAACCGGGGGGCCCAACCCGGGGGCCUUUAAAAUUCCACAAAACCACCAAAAUUUUACCCCCCCCCUAUCCCCCACAAAAUUUAAACCGAGAUCUUUACCGACAUCCGUCUUAUCUUUUCAUUAUUUAUCUUUUCUUCUCACAGUGGUGCAACAGGACCCCAAAAUGCAAGAAACUGAAAUGACGGACCUCUUGGGUUUCACCCGGGCCAAACAAUUAUGAAAAAAUCCCGUUUAUUCUGCGAGAUAUCGGGGGACGAACCGAGGAGCCCCAGGAGAAGCCUGAUUCCUGCGAAACAAAAAUUUUUGUGUAUCUCCGCCGAGCCAAGGGCCCCUUUAAGGUCCCCCUAAACUUUUGUCUUAGCCAAAAAGGGGACGGGGGCCUUAAAAUGACAUUUACGGGGGCGGAGAUAAUUUUAAUAAAAUACCGGGAAAAAGGUAUGAAUGAAAAAAGAAAAUCAGUCCCCCGAAACGGGCCCACCCCCCGCGCCUCCACGGGAAAAGGGCCAAUUCGGGCCUUGCGCUACAUCGUGUACAAGCAGCCCCUCUCCCUUGACCGCUUCUUCAUCCACGACGUUUCGCCCCACGAGUCAGCGGCGUCCAAACUCGAAGCGGCGUUCGUGCUCGUCAACCUCAACCGCUUCCAGCAGAUCGUGGCUGUGUACACGUUCCAGGCGCAGACGGAGCAGAUCAAGGUAUUUUUUUUUUUUAUAAAUAUUUGUUUAUCUAUUUAUUUCUUUGUUUGUUUUUUAUUUAUUUAUUCAUUCAUUUGAGCAGGGAGGAAGGCAGACUGUUCAUGGUAGGAAUGUUGAUGAGGUGCUGAGAGAGUGAAGGAAGGGGAUGUAUAGCGGGAUGGGUAUCCCAUUUUCUUGUUUCUCGCCUGUCUGUCUGUUUGUCUUUCUUCCCCUCCUCUC